AUGUACAGUGCAAUUUAUUCCUUUGCUGUGCGUCCCUUUUUCAUUCAAAUUGAGACGUCACCAGCUGGAGACAAGUACAGCUUUAGACCUAUGGAUGCAUUUAAAGCAUACAUAGAAAUUUAUUUUAAUAAUUUAUACACUUCUAGAGGGUUGAGGUUCAGGCGUGUCUCGAACAACUCUGCCACCCAUAAUUCGGACGAGCCUCAGGAAGACUACUCUCAGAUGACAAGAGCAUCUAACAGUUACAACGUACUCAGCUUUGAUAGGCGCAACGCAAUUUCCACUUUCAACGCCACUGAGGAAGAAGACAUCUACGACGAAGGUGGUGCCGUUCUCGUAAACAGAAACGAUUACUUUCAGGACAGAUACGUAACAUUUGCUCUCCAGUGGAACCAAAGGAUGAUCGCCGUCGAAUUUGAGAAAAGUGCUUAUUCUUCUGCUACGAAGACAGCUGAUGAUAAGGAUGAUGACAGCUAUGUUACACUAGCUGUCAACGAUAACGAGGCUACGGGAGACAAUUCAAACGGUACUUCCAAUAGCCUAUUGAUGACUGCACAUGCAGAAAGUUCGGAUACUUAUGAUGACACUCUGCCUUUUCAUUCUCAUUAUUACAUGUUAAACAAACAAGAGACAAACAUAAAGACGUAAGAUAGAAAUGUCGCUCUUAAUGUUUGUACAGGCAGGUGUUUUUGAAAUUAGAGACAAAAGUAUUUUAGAGAUUAUUUAGGUCUGUGUUGACUUUUUUGGAAGAUGGACUACAAACCAGAUUUGCUCCUGUCAUACGUAUAUUCUGUCUUCCAAAUCAAAUUAACGUACCUUUUUUAUACUUCAACAUAUUUCAUUAUUUAUAGUACAGUUUGUACAGAUGUACAUAGGUGACUGUUGUUAAGAAUAGCAUAUAGGCCUAGAUCUUUACAACUAAACUUGUCAGUAACUACAGAUCCUAAUUCUGAUAAAAGCACGUAGGUAUUUUAAUAAUACUCUCAAGGUUAACAAAUUGUGUUUGUUGAUUAGCAUGCAUACGAUGAUACUCAGGUACAGUAAUAUAUAUGUGCAAUUCUUUAAGGACAUGGGGACUGAAAUCAUAAAAAGUUUAGAAUGAGCAACAACUUUACUACAUAUGGAAAAUAGAUAUAUGUGGCUGAAAAGGCUACUCAAGUAUUCAGAAAUAUUAAAAUAUGGUAUUCAAAUAUACAGGUAUCCCCCUAGAAAUAUACCCAGAUUUUUGGUGUGCAUGGAGAAUGUCGCUAGGAGGUUAUAAUGUUGUUUUGAUUUUUCUAAUGAUUGACUUGUUAUUUCAUGAAUGUUUGUGAUAUAUUUUUAAAAUGUAAUUUGAUACAAGGACGUUUUUUGAUUAAUACAAGUUUAUCUGCUAAAAGGUGAUAAAUGCGCAUGUAAGACGUUUAAAUAAAGACCUAAU